AUGAUAAAUAUUUGCAGGGUGGAAAUUAGGAUUUCUGUUGAUGUCAAUGGAGAUAUUUCCAUGCAAUACACUAUUAAAACGGAAGAUUUUGGUGAGACGCUGCAGACUGGAAUACCCCACCGACCAUGCCACCUAUCCCAGGGUUCAAUGAUUGGUGGGGGGCAGAUGUCUGGGGAUGUGACCUCCUUACACCCUCUCCAGCAACUUGUAUUGGUUCCCAGUCACCUUCAGUCUGCCUCCCAGUUUCUAUUAUCACAAAGCCAGCCAGGCCAGCAAGGUCUUCUGCAACCAAAUCUCCUUUCUCUCAACCAGCAACAGGGAGGGCACAUGCAGCCUCAGACUGGGCUGGGUCUGGCUUCUCAGGCACUCGGACGACCUGGGCUUCCAGGAUCUUCACUAGAGGGACACUUAGAGAUGACUCAACAUCUACAUGUCCCCAAACACUUAUCUGUGGCUACAGAUGAACCUAGUGACUUAGAGGAACUGGAAAAGUUUGCCAAAACCUUUAAGCAAAGAAGGAUCAAACUGGGGUUCACACAGGGUGAUGUUGGGCUUGCGAUGGGAAAACUCUACGGAAACGAUUUCAGCCAGACAACCAUAUCGCGAUUUGAGGCCCUUAACCUGAGCUUUAAAAAUAUGUGCAAACUGAAGCCGUUGUUGGAGAAGUGGUUGAGUGAUGCGGAAUCUGCCCCAUCUGAUUCUGCCCUGACAGCAAGCAAUAAUUACCCACAGCUUAGUGAGAUGUUUGGGCGCAAAAGAAAAAAAAGGACCAGCAUUGAGACCAACAUUCGCUUGACUCUGGAAAAAAGAUUUCAGGAUAACCCAAAACCGAGCUCGGAGGAGAUCAGCAUGAUAGCCGAGCAGCUGGUGAUGGAGAAGGAAGUUGUGAGAGUUUGGUUCUGUAAUCGACGUCAGAAGGAAAAGAGAAUCAACUGUCCCAUGAACCUGCCCUUGAAGUCCCCAAUCUACAACUCCAGACUGGUGCCACCUUCAAGUACCCUUGGAUCUCUGGGUGUCAGUUCCGUGCACAGCACAGUGACAUCUUCCUGCUCACCAGGGAACACCAGUAAUCCGUCCUCGCCAGUCUCAGGUCUACACUCCAGCAGCCCUGGAGGAUCUCUCAGCUCUAAAUCCCCUGUGAACACAUCCGGCUACAGUUCGUCUGGGUCUUGGUAUCGGUGGAACCACCCAACAUACCUUCACUGA